AUGUCUGCUGCUACAGUGCAGCUAAAGCGACGUGUAAUUGGAUGCAGUGCGGCAGUAAGUAUGGUGAAUAAAAAACGACCGAAACAAACAUCAAGUCGGAAGUCGAAAGCAGCUCCAAAAAUUAAUCCUUUUGAAUUGAAAUUCAAUCGUUUGAAACACGAUGUGCUUGGUAAGAAAAAGGGCUCUGUUGGUGUCGGUCAUCCUGGAUUAUCACGUAAACGUGCGUAUGAACAGAGAGCAAAAACGAUUGGUGUUGAACACGAGCGCCUAGGAAAGGUUAACAAGAUCAUCGACAAACGCUUAGGAGAGAAGAAUAAAGAAAUUACGACCGAAGAAAAGGCUUCAUUAAGGUUCACAGCUGAGCGUGUCAAACAUUUAAAGAAAGGAAGCAAAUUUAACCUAACGGAUGAUUAUGACAAUCAUGAAGAUACGCUAACACAUGGUGGAAAAGCUUUGACAUCUAUUCAGAAGUAUGAUAAGACUAUUGCUUCUGAUGAUGAAGAUGACGUUGGCAAUAUUGGGGCUGAUGUGGUCAAAGUUGCACAUUUCGGUGGCGGUGAUCUGGAUUCCACCACAACUGCAGGAGAAAAGCUUAGCCGUAAGGACAUCAUUGCUGAUCUCAUCGCACGGACAAAGCAGGCGCGGGAAAACAAGCAAAACGCUAAGGAUGAUAUGGAGACAAUUACUGAAGAGCUAGAUGCUAAAUACUUGAAAAUCUUGGAUAAAGUGAAAGAAACGUUCCGACCUGUAGGAGCUACAAAAUCUGAGAAGGUUACGAAGGACGACUACGACACAUUGGCAUUAACUCUCAAAUUUGAUGCAGACGCUCGCGCAACCCCGGCUGAACGGACGAAAACAGCAGAAGAACUUGCAGCAGAGGAGAAGCUACAUCUUGAAGAGCUAGAAUCACUCAGGAUUGCAAGAAUGAAUGCUGAGAAGAAUAAGCGCGGUCAUGUGUCUGUCGACGCAGACAAUAUCAGCGAUGGACCUAAGAAAAAAAGCAAAAAAGACGGGUUUGAAGUCCGUUUUGAUUCGUCUGGUGCGUUCCUGGACAAAGAUAAGGUGGAACGUGUUACUAAGAAGAAAGUCGCUAUCGACUCUGAUGAUGAAUUAACGGAUGAGGAAAUGGAGGACGAAAACGAAGAAGAUCUCAACGAUUUGAUCGACGAGAGUGAUGAUGAGAAAACCAAACCUGUAUCUAAAACCGAUAAUGAUGGGGAAGGAAAGUCCGAUGAAGAAGACGAGGGCGGAGAGGAAGAUGAAAGUGACGAAGAGGAUGAAGACACUGAGAACGAGGAUGAUGAGGAUAAUGGAAGUGAAAUCGGAGUCGAGCAAGAUGAGGGAGCUGCCGAAGAACAACAUCAUGCGUUCAAAGAAAAGAAAACCAGUAAAACUGAAAGCAACCACUCUUCUAUUGAUAAAGAAGAUCUGAAUAUUCCCUUCGUUUUUGGAAUGCCGAAGAAUUUUGACGCGCUCGUGGAUCUCUUGAACAAGUUCCCUUCGAACAAAAUGGAAGUGGUCUUAGAAAGGCUGAUCAAAUGUCACCACCCCAGCCUUGCUGAGGGCAACAAAAAAUUGUUAUCUAAGCUGUUUCUGUACUUAUUGCGAUUUUUCGACGACUGUUCACAUUCUCUACCUACCGAAACCACUGUAGAAAUGCUUGGAUCUCUUACUAAAACAAUGUACUCGCUCUUAAAAUUCGACGUUGAGUUCAGUGUCAGAUGUGUUCGAGCGUUGAUACGCCAACACUGGAAAAAGCGCAUGCAAAGUCUUACCUCUCCAACUUCUUUUUCUGUAAUUGCUUUGCUGCGGUUAAUAGCCUCACUUUUCCCUGUCUCCGAUAAAUGGCAUCCAGUUUGUACGCCAGCUAUGGCCUUGGCUGCUGUCACCCUGGCAAAAUGUCACAUACAAAACUUAAGUGUUCUUGCAAGGCAAAUCCUUCUCGUUACUGUCGUUGCCGAUUUUGUUGAAGAAAGCAAACGUUUUGUCCCGGAGGCUGUCGCAUUUUGCCAAGGUGCUUUGUUAAUGGCGGUUGAAAAUGAGGAUAACGAACGCGCUCCGUCUACUGCUUUUCCUAUAUCAAUGCCUCAUAGAAGGAUGCUUUACAUUGUCGAGAAUCUCCCAAAAGAUGCUGCUGUUGAACCGUUGAAGUUUUCUGAAGUAUUCAAUGACGAUGAAUGCCGUCUGAAAGAUUCUGAUGUGAACCGAUGCAGAGUAUUGCGGUCACUUAUUGCUGUUGUACAGAAAUACCGCCUCAUCUACGCUGCUCAUGAACACACCUUCACUGCAACUUUCACACCAUUUGUGGAUCUCUUGAAACGAAUUCCACUCGCUCGUAUCCCAGCUGUUGUCGCAGAGGAAAUCGAGGCCCUUACCCGUUCCGCGGAAGCUGAAUGUAAGGCGCGCUCACGACUCACUCAACUGAGUCGCAUUGUUACAGAAAAGAGCAUGCUGAAAAUGCUGGAGCCACGAUUCGAAGAAGGCUUUGAUCCAGAGCGGCCUCGCUUGAGCCGUGAUCAAAGACGCAAGGGACCUCGAGCAGAAAAGGAGAAACUUCAACACUUGAUUAAGAAAGAAAGGCGAGGUGCUAUCAAGGAACUUCGCAAAGAUGCAUCAUUCUUGAAUAGACUAGAAAGAAAGGAGACUGCAACUAAGGAUCGCGACAGGCGAGAAAAGACGAAACGGUUGAUGGGUGGACUACAAUCGCAGCAAGGUGAAUGGAACAAAGAGCUGAGAGAAAGUGGCAAAAAGAAAAAGAAAUGA